AACUGUACUAUAUCACAUUAUUGUCUUGUGCUUGAUUCUAAUUUUUCAAUCUCAAAUAUUAUUAGCUAUAAUUCGACUUCUGAUCUAUUUUAUUCUCAGCCAUAUACAAAUGGAGUCCAGAAUUUUGAUCAUCGGCUCUAGAAAAACUGGUAAAACUACACUACCGGAUAGCGUAAAUGCACACUUGCAUGAAAAUUCAGAUGAUUACACAGUGGAUUUUCAAACUAGAGAAGAUGGGAAUUUAAGGUUCAUUUGUAGAGAAACUUCGGACCCUAAAUUUGUAAACUAUUGGAACUUCGAUGGGUUUGUAGUGAUAUUUGAUCUGACGAAUAUGUCAUCCUACAAGGACGCUAGAAGGAUACGCAGAGAACUGACCAGUAUGGUUGUCAAACCCAUAGUUUUGGUUGCAAACAAAAACGACCUUCCAACAACAGUGCAUGGCAUUACUGCUGAUAGGGAAUUUAAAGUGUCAUUAUUUUUCAUCUCUGCAAAGAAGAAUAGAGAUGUUCAGAAGCCGUUUCGCUCUCUUGCGAGGUCUAUAAUAAGAAAGCCUAGCUUGAUGUUUAAUGCCAUUGCUGCGGAUGAAGAUGUUAAUGCUGCUGAUGAAGAAACUGAUAUCGCCACCCCUGAUGCUGCUGACAGCAUUCUCAGCACUCCAACUUCUCCUGCAAACACUGUAAACAGCAUUCUCAGCACUCCUACUGCUACUGCAAACACCCCAACAAACAACGCGAGGGAUCUUAUUGGUUCAUCGUUGUCAGCUGGAGUCCCGGAAUCAACCCCUAAGAAGUUAGCUCGGCGUCGUCGAGGGACUGAGAAUUAAUGGGAAAGACGAAGCACCUAUAUUCGUCAAUAAUGAUAGACCGAGCUGCUGCUACAGUUAAAGGAACAAGAAGUUCCUUCCUAAUACUGCAUUUGUCUUUAAUUUUCUUUAAUACUUGGGGUCUUGGGCAUAGAAUUAGGCAUAUAUUCAGCUUUGUGAUUUGGAGCUACGAUUUUAAGUCACUUUUUUUUUGCUCAAGGGUCAGUGAGGUCUGGUUGCCUGAUCCGUUUAGUUCCUCAGAUCAUUAGUUUGUUUGAUAUACGAACAGCAGCGAAAACUUAGUUUCCUGCGAAUGUAUGACAACCUUAUUUUCAGGGAAUCAGAAAUGUUUAAAUUGACUCAAUAGCUCGCGCAAUUACACG